AUGGAUGCGCUACCUGCGGAAAUUUGUCAAGAGAUUCUAUCGUAUGUCCCCAUCACGGAGCUACAUGCCAAGACGCGACACGUAAGUCGCUUCUUCUACCAGCAAAUCGAUCUCUUCCUCUCAUCGCAUGCGUGUCUUCGCUACCUGCACGCACAUUGGGGGAUCUUAUGGACACCUGGUGUUCAAAUCGAAACAGCGCCAGCUCCCACUCACCUACCAGCAUGUCAAGCAGGACAGAUGGUCAUGGGUGCAGCGCAGUAUCGUGCGUUUCCAUCACCACAUUGGGUUUCGGCAUUCACUGGCCUUCCCAGUCCAUGCAAGACGAUUGAUGAGGGAUACUUUUCAGCAAACAGUACACCUGUCCCCGUCAGUGACUUGUGGGGAUGCAGUGACGAUGAAGAAGAAGAACAACCUCCGCCGACGCCCAACAAACCAGGCAACAUCUACAUGACAUCGCGCGAUCCACUCUGCGUGAAUGUUUGUUUUGACAAGGAUGCAUUGUUGCCACGGAGCAUGCUGGAUAAAACUGCUGAACCAGGCCUGUAUACGCGCAACAUGCAUCUCCACUUUUCAUGGUCUGUCAAGACGUGUUUGUCUGUUCGAGCAACGCUAGAUGUCGAUGGACAGCGAUACUGGGCAGAUUCGUUCUGGUAG